AAAGAUAUGACCGUGUUAAAAGGCGCUUUGGUAUUUUUAACCGCUUUAUUGCUGACUCCAGCUGUUUGCUUAGUUUCAAAACAUAAACUUUAAACAUAACUUAAAAAGAAUAAAUUCGUAAAAAUGUCUACUUUUAAGCCAAAGUUCUUAAAACCAGAGACAGACGAUGCAAUAUCCGAUAGUGUUGGCGGCGAGCAUCAGUCCUCCGCCUUCGUAUUCAAUGCCAAUCACAAUCUGGGACUUAUAGAGCAGAGAGAUCGAUUGCCAAUUCGUCAGUACAGGGAUCAAAUACUUUAUUGCUUGGAAAAACACCAGGUUGUAAUUUUAGUGGGUGAAACCGGCAGUGGUAAGAGCACCCAGGUCCCACAAUAUUUGUAUGAAUGGGGAUGGCAUUCAAAGGGACUCAUAGGCAUCACCGAACCACGGCGUGUUUCCACUGUUACUCUUGCAAAUCGUGUUGCUCAAGAACGGGGCGAACUAGUAGGCGAUACGGUUGGAUAUGUAGUGCGUUUCCUAGAAAGGAUCACCGCAGAAACCAAGAUAAAGUUCAUGACUGAGGGCAUAUUGUUACGCGAACUCCUAGCCGAUCCUCUGCUCACUCAAUACGGUGUUAUCGUAGUAGAUGAAGCCCACGAGCGAAAUAUGCUCACCGACAUGGUUUUGGGCCUUCUCAAGAAGAUUUUACGCAAGCGCAGCAACCUUAAACUUAUUAUUUCUUCGGCCACCAUAGAUGCUGGUUUCUUUAGUGAGUUCUUCAGUUGGCCAGGAUCAGGAGAGGUUAGUGUAAAACUUACCAUCGAAGGGCGCAUGCAUGCUGUUAGUAAUUUCUACCUUAACGAACCUUGCGCCGAUUAUGUCAAGGAAACGGUGGAGACGGUGUGGAAACUUCAUCAAAAAGAACCUCCCGGUGAUAUUUUGGCCUUUUUAACAGGUCAGGAAGAAGUCCUCGAAGCCUUGGAUCUUCUAAAGGAAUACAUUGCUAGUUCAGAGCAGGAGAAUCUGAAGGUUUUGCCUAUGUAUGGCAGCAUGUCCAGUACUGACCAGCUGGCGGUAUUUUUUACUCCACCCAAAGGAGUGCGAAAAGUGGUACUGGCCACAAAUAUUGCAGAGACUUCCAUUACCAUCCCCGGCAUCGUUUAUGUAAUAGACUGCGGCUACGUCAAGGUAAAGUGGUACAACCCCAAAACUUGUAGCGACAGUUUAGUAGUGGUACCAGUUAGCAAGGCCUCGGCGAUUCAAAGAGCAGGACGAGCUGGUCGAAUGCGACCAGGAAAGGUCUACCGUCUAUACACUAAAUCAGACUUUGAUGCACUAGCUCCUCGACAGCCACCAGAGAUGCGACGAAGUGAAAUGAGCGGAGCUGUUCUGCAAUUAAAAGCACUGGGAAUCGGAAACAUACUGCGCUUCGAUUUUCCAUCUCCACCGCCGGCACAAAAUCUUCUUUCUGCAUUGGAGGGUCUCUUUGCCCUUGAUGCCAUCGAUGAGCAGGGUAAUCUGACUAAGCCCGUUGGUUAUUUGCUUGCCGAGCUGCCCUUUAGCGCUAUGCUAUCAAAGAUGCUUUACAUUUCUGGACAGAUGGGAUGCUCCGAAGAGAUCAUAACUAUCAUUGCUAUGUUGCAAGUUCAAUCCAUAUUUUCUCGUCCAGUUUCGGCAGUGGCCCAGCAAAGUGGACGCAUUGCUCAUAGGCACUUCGAGGUGGCCGAAGGGGAUUUCAUUACGCUCCUGAACGUUUAUACUGGCUUUGUGGAGGAGGGAAUGACUAAGGAGUUCUGUGGUCAAUAUUACCUUAUCUAUAGGAAUCUUAAAAGAGCCCACGAGUUAAGGGAACAGCUCAUUACCAUGGCCAGAAAGAAGUAUGGCAUUCCAAUCUUCUCGUGCAAGGGAGAUGUGGAAACGUUGUGUAAGUGCAUCACCGCCGGUUUCUUCACCCAGGUGGCUUAUCUACACCACUCUGGAGUAUAUCGACAAAUUAGCAGUGGCACCGAACUGGCAAUACAUCCAAACUCCACACUGUAUACACUUCCACAAGCUCAGUAUGUAGUUUACGGGGAACUCCUCCAGACUACCAAGUUGUUCAUGAACCACGUGACGGUGAUCAAGAGGGAGUGGCUGACGGAGCUGGCUCCGCAUUACUACAAGCAGACCACGGUGCGCGAUUAGUACGCCUCCUCUUCAGAUAAACGCCUCUUGAAAUUAACUUAAGCUAAAAGGAUGUGAUUCUCCUGGUUUCCUUCCGGAGUCUAACCAGCUGCCACACGUCCACGACCUUGGAACAUCAUCAUAGA